CCCGUUUUAAGCAAAACAGAUCUAUUAUGUACCGAAAAAAUUAAAAAAGGUCAUGUUCGCAUGGAAUUCAAUAAUGAACAAUACUAUAACUUAUUUUUUUAGUUUUCCUCAUUUUUUAAUAUUUUAUUUCCGCAAGUAGAACAAGUAAAUGUUUAAAGUCAAUCAUUGUUAUAUAAUUUCUUACCGUUCAAGAUGUGUGUGUUAUGUGCACAGCUAACAGCUUAAUCGUUAUUUUAGUGUACAUAUCAAUAUGACCACUGAUGAUUUGCUCUUCAAUUCAAGUCGGUCCAUAGAAAAAGAAGAUUCAGUCAGUACUAAGAGCCUUCACGGCUUGUUUCUGGUUGGACUAACAGGUGGAGCUUCAAUUGCCUUGAGCAUAAUUUGUUAUCCAUUUGUAUCGCCAGCUUUACGAAAAGUAUGUUUGCCCUAUGUGCCAGCAACUAACAUACAAAUCCAAAAUGUUCUUAGUGUAAUCAAAGGACGCAAGGGAAAAUUGGUAGAUUUGGGUAGUGGCGAUGGAAGAAUUGUCAUGAACACAGCUAAAGCCGGUUUUGAAUCAGUUGGGGUGGAACUAAAUUUUUGGUUAGUGUUAUAUUCGCGUUUUGUUGCAAUGAAGUCUAAGAUUCAGCCUGCUCCAAAAUUUGUUCGAACAGAUUUGUGGAAAUAUCACUUAAAACCAUUUUCAAACGUCAUUAUAUUUGGCGUUGAAGAAAUGAUGUGUGAUCUUGAAAAAAAAUUCAUAACAGAAUUAUCUGAUGAAACUGUGAUAGUUGCUUGCCGGUUUCCUCUUCCGAAUUUAGAACCUUAUCUAAUCAUCGGCACAGGAAUAGACAGAGUUUGGGCUUAUAAAAUAUGUAAGACCAAAUCAUAAAUACAUCUGAAUUUAUCUAAUGUUAUAUUGUUGUUAAUUUGUACAUCGAAAUAUAAAUAUAAAUGUAUGUUAAAUUGUAGAAAAA